AUAGCAAAAAUGGAAAUAGAAGAUCCUGACGAUUUUGAAAUUAUUGAUUCUGAAGAAGAAGAAGUUGAGUACAGUAGUCAAGAUGAUGAAGAAGCUGAUGAAGAAAACCAACAUAUGAAGUUUGAUAAGAGGACUGGUGAAGCUGUCUCUGCUGAAGUCUUUAGUAGUGAAGCCACCAGUAGCGAAGUCAUGGGAGGAGGGGAAACAGUUAACCUUUUCGAAGAGGAAGAAGCAGUCGGAGAUGCAUUCAUGGCUGUCAAGCCUUGGAUUGGAGCUGUUUUUGAACCUGCUGAACACCCUGAUGAGAACCCAGAUCCUCCAGAUGAGGAGUACAAGCUUGAGUAUGUCUUUGGAUACAGAGCUGAAGAUUCAAGAAAUAAUCUUCACUAUAACUCCGAAGGAAAGCCUGUCUAUAUGACAGCUGCAGUUGGAGUUAUCUUAGACCCAGAGAGCAACACACAGACCUUCUUUGGAGGAAAUGAGGUUGAGAACCAAGCCAAACAACAUGCCACAGAUAAAAACAAUCAUACUAAUGAUAUCACUGCUAUUGCGAUAUCGAACGAUAGGACUAUGGCCUGUUCAGGUCAAAAUGGUUCAAAGCCAACAGUGUUUAUUUGGGAUGCUACUACUGGUGAAAAGAUUAGAAGAAUUGUUUUACCAAAGGGAUCAAGAGAGGUGUCUGGUAUCUCUUUCUCUCAAGACGGACAAUACAUCGCAACUAUUGAUAAUCAUAAUGAUCACCGCGUAAGAGUCUAUGAAGUAGAAUCUGGUGAUAAAAUCUUUGAGCAAAACUCUGGUACAAACAAGAUUUAUGAUCUUGAGUGGUCAGUUAAAGAAGGACACAAUGAAUUCUCCACUGUUGGAAACAAGCACUACAUGGUCUGGAGACCACUUGAAGGUCUUGCCAAGAAGGGUGUCUAUGGAGGAAAAGGAAAGAUGUGUUCCCACGCAUGUGUCACUUAUGAUCAAAAUGGAACUUGCUAUACAGGAGGAAGUAACUCAAGAAUUUACUGCUGGAGGAAUAGGUCACUUAAGAAAACUUACAAAGUCCAUGGCGCUGGAUUCGUUGGAGCCAUUAGAUAUGACAACGGAAGAAUCUUCAGUGGAGGUAAAGAUGGAAAUGUCAUCAUCUCAGAUCCUAACAGUGGGGAAGUUGAAAGAACUAUUGAAAUUGGUGCUCUUAUCAGAUCAAUAGACAUUUUUGAUUCAAAGAUAUUGAUAGGAGAUAGAGAAGGAAGAAUCCAUGAAGCUAAUGAAGGUGACGAAGAUGUGACUAUUCUGAUGCAUUCUCAUAGCGACGGAGAAGUCUGGGGACUCUCAUUAGUUGAUGAUAGCACCAUCAUCACCUCAGGAGACGAUAACAAGGUCAUGGUUUGGAACAUUGAUGAUAGAGCUCAUCUUAAUCAAAGCAUUGUCAGCAAUAUCAAAAAGAAAUCAAGAAUCGGCAAAGCUAGUUCACUUACAAAGUAUGCUGCCAGCAAGUGCGCUAGAGCAGUUGACGUUAACAUAAAUGGAAAUGGAAAUGUGGCUGUAGCAUCAAACGCAGGAAUUGUUACUAUCAGAGAAUCGAUUGAAGCUCUUGAUGAAACAGUUGCUGAAAUGCAUGACUCCGAUGAGUGGGUAGAAGUUCUCACUUACUCUCCUUGUGGAAUGUUCCUGGCUUGUGGUUCUCAUGAUAACAACAUUUACAUCUAUGAUGUAGAAGAUGGAUAUUCACUGAAAGCUACUUGCAAAGCACAUAAUUCUUACAUUACCUCUGUUGACUGGAGUGAAGAUUCUUCAACCUUAAGAUCAGUGUGCGGAGCUUAUGAGUUGCUCUUCUUUGAUGCUGAGUCUGGUGAUCAAGAUCCAGGAGGUGCCUCAGCUAAUGUCGAGACUGUUUGGGCUACAAACACUGCCAAAUUUGGGUGGUGAGUUGAUGGUAUUUUCCCAGGAAACACUGAUGGAACUCAUGUUAACCAUGUUGACUUCACUAAAGAUAUGUCGCUUCUUCUGACUGCAGAUGAUUAUGGGCUUGUAAACUUCUAUAGAAACCCAGCAAGAAAGGGGCAUACUCCUAGAUCAUACAGAGCUCAUUCAGAGCACGUUGUGAGAGCUAAAUUCACUUCUUCUGCUGAGAAAGUAGUGAGUAUUGGAGGAUACGAUAAAACCAUUAUGGUUUGGGCUAGACAAUAAACCUUCUAAUGAAAUUUCAGUUGAGUGUACUAACC